AUGAACAAUCAUACACAAGCUCUUGACGUAGUUUCUCUCAAAAUUGGUAUUCCAUAUUUUGAGUAUGGAUAUAUACCAACUCAAUUUUUAGAUAAACCAAUGUAUGCAUGUGUCCAGGCUGAUUUAGAAUAUGGUGAAUCUCUCUGGUACUGGAUUGAUUUUGAACAGCGUUCUCCGCUAUAUCAAGACUAUAACGAAUGGGUAUUAUUAUGGACGAAAGGAUUUCUCCGAGAUGAUCUUGUUGACACAUGUUUUACUAUUCCAGAACCACAACAACGAUUCACAAUGUACUUGAAUGCAACAUCAAAUAUGACCUGUAUGAAAAAUUCAUAAAAAAAAAUUAUAUAUCAAUAUUUAUCAUUCAAAUUGUUACAGCCGAAUUAAAUAAACAUAGAGCUUUCGAUACAAUUCAUGGAAUAUAUGU